ACAUGAUAUGGGAUCAAUAAACUGAAAGGGUUUCGUCAUUCGACGAAAUUUAGAAUUAAUUGGAAAAGUUUAUUGUGGUUGAUCGAACGCAAGUUUCCGUCUGAUAGGAUUGUGGUGAAAUCUUUGAGUGAGAAAAUGGCAAAUAAAUUGAAAAUAUGGCGGAUUUGUGCGUGAGAUAAAUUAAAUUGAAAAGUGACGUAUGAAUCCUCGUGUCGUCCAUGUAUGUAUAAUAGAAGGGAAACAGAUGAUUGUGAUGAUAUUAAAGCAAUGAGACAAGAAACGUCAAAUGUAUAAAUAAUCGAUGAACUUUGAACUUGUAAUCUAUCGUAUUUUAAUAUAAUCAUUUAAUAACUGUAACUAAAUUAUAUAUCGAUAUAUAUAUAUAUAUAUACACACACAUAUAUAUAUAUAUAUAGAUAUAUAUAUAUAUAUAUAUAGCUUAGACGGGUGAAGUUUUGCCAAGUCAACGAAGUGUUUUUAUUUAGAGAAAUGUGUUUGAUUAACAGUUAUACGUAUUAGAGAAUAAAGAGAAAAAAGAAAGAUAUUAAAGGUCGAAGGCGUUCAUCUAUAUUCAACGAUCGACAAUCGUAAUUCUUUUUACAAGUGGAUUAGAAGGAAAAAAGAAAAGGAUAAAGAUAAAGAGAAAGUAAGAAAAAUGAGUUCGGUUUGGAAACGACUUCAACGAGUAAACAAAAGAGCGGCGAAAUUCCAAUUCACCGUUUCGUAUCACGAAGUCACUCUCGAGACAACAACGAAAUGGAAACCAAACAAAUUAAGCGUCGUAUGGACAAGACGUAGUAGAAGAGUUAGUACAGAACCAUUGGAUUGGGAACCAAAUUUAAGCGAUCCAUUGAAAGGUGUUAUUAGUUGGCCAGUUCCAGACAAUCAUACAGUUUCUGUAACGUUGUUUAAAGAUCCUCGGACUCAUGAAUUAGAAGACAAGGAUUGGUCUUUUGUUAUUGAAGAUGUUUCUUCUACGGGUAAAAGGCGACAUGUAGCUGCUGCAAAUAUAAAUAUGAAAAAGUAUGCUACACUUGAAUCUAGUCAGCAACAACUUAAAUUAGAUUUGAAACCGACUUCCAAAAAAAUUGUUAGUGCUACAUUAGAAUGUACAUUAUCAUGUGUAUUUUUGAGAGAAGGCAAAGCAACGGAUGAAGAUAUGCAGAGUAUGGCUAGUUUGAUGUCAGUUAAUAAUAACAGUGAUAUUGCUCCAUUAGAUGAUUUUGAUAAUGAGGAUAUACCCGAAGAUGUAGAAGAAGUUAUAGUUAAAAAUAUGGAUGAGAUUUUGGAUAUUUCUGCUCAACUUGAUUUAAUGACAAGUAGUCUUACUGAAAGUGAAUUACCUAGCACUCCAAUUAGUGUGGCAAGUUUAUCUAAAGAUGAUACAACUCCUGUAAAUGAUGAUGAUCAUUUCAUACGUGAAAUAAGUUUAACAGGGAUCGGAGAUGCUUUGAAAGACAAGUCACCUUUAAAGGAUAAUGUUGCGGUUGAAAAUGACAAAAAUAUCGAACAUAGUUCAUUGAGAUUGCCGCUGCAGCCAUUAGACUUUAAAAAGAAUGAAAUGAAUAUGCCUAAAUUAAAGGAAGUUACACCUGGUCAAGAUUUGUUGGAAUGGUGUAAAGAAGUAACAAAAGAUUAUCCGGGUGUUAAAGUUACUAACUUGACAACAUCUUGGAGAAAUGGAAUGGCAUUUUGUGCUAUUAUUCAUCAUUUCAGACCUGAUCUUAUUGAUAUAGAAUCUUUAUUAUCACAUGAUGUAAAAGGUAAUUGUAAAAAAGCAUUUGAUGCUGGAGAAGCUCUAGGAAUUCCUAGAGUGAUAGAGCCUGCUGAUAUGGAUAUCUUAACUGUACCUGAUAAAUUAGCUGUGAUGACAUAUUUAUAUCAAUUGAGAGCACAUUUCACAGGACAUGAAUUGGAGGUACAUCAAAUAGGUAAAACAACUGAUGAAUCUUCUUAUAUGAUUGGUAGAUUUAAUACGGAUAAUAAUACAGAUGUAAGCGUACAAUUAUUUGGUCAAGAAAUAAUUAAUUUACGUAAAAAGGAGCAAAUGGAACAAAGAAAUAACAAAACUGACAGUAAUAGACGGUCAAAUCCAUUUGAUAACAAUCAAUAUAAAAAGGAUGACAUCAGUAUCGACACAAUAAAAAAUAAAUUACAUUUGAGUUUAAAUGCAGAUAAUCAAGAUGAUCAAUUUAAUAAAGACAAAUCACCUUCCAGCGUAAAAGAUGUUAAAGAUAUUAUACUUGCUAGUUCAAAAAGCAUUUUGGGAAAAGUUUUAUCUCCGACAAAAGAAAAAUAUGCAUCUAGAGAAAAGAGCAAGUCUCCACCCAGAAUACCUCAAGCGCAGCAACGUCCUAUACUUAUGACACGCCGGCAAUUAACAGACCCAUUCGGGUCUGACGACGAGGAGGAAAAUAUUCAAAUUAUCGAUGACAAAUGGUCUCAAUCAAUUUCUAUUACGAAAUCGCAAUCGCCAGUUCGUGAUGACUCAAUUAAUACUGUCGAUAAAGGAAGUCGAGGUAAUUCAGAAUGUCAAAGUGCUUCACCUCCGCAUGGAGAACAACGUGCACAACAUCCAUUAGUUAGUCGGCAUGAUGAAUUGAGGGAACGUGCAAGACAGUUGUUAGAACAGGCCAGAAAUCAAUCAAAGCCUGCUGGCAUUGUUUCCGUUGCUACUAGUCCAGUUGAGACUCAAAGUGACGAUGAAAGACAACAACAAUUACGAGAAAGAGCAAGACGUUUGAUAGCAGAAGUAAAAAUGGGUGUUAAUGUUAAUCCAAGUCAAAAUAAUGAUGAUAAUAAUAGUGAUAGACGAUCAAUGGAUGAUCAAAAUAAUAGUCCAAGAAGAAGUGUUACACCAUCUACACCUGGUGAUAGAUUAAGCUUAAAGUCUGAAUACAAUGGAAAUAUAUUAGGUAAUACAAGUGAGAUGGAAAAGAAAACUGGUUCACCUUUAUAUUCGUUCACUAAAAUUAUAGAAAGAAUUUCUCCCGAUAAAACUAGUCCCGAUAGAACUGCAUAUACUCUCAGAGGCUUGGGUAAAGAUAUGACAUCAUAUAUUCAAAACGAGCUUGAAGCUUUGGAAAGAGAACAAACUCAGAUAGAUAUACAAGCUGGUAAACUUGAGAAACAACUUAGAGCUGCCAUGGAAAGUGAUAAUGAAGAUGAAACUGAAAGACUGAUGUCUCUGUGGUUUACACUUGUUAAUAAGAAAAAUGCUCUAUUGAGAAGGCAAAUGCAAUUAAAUAUAUUAGAGAAAGAAGAUGAUUUAGAACGUCGUUUCGAACUUUUAAAUCGCGAAUUAAGAAGCAUUCUUGCUGUGGAAGAUUGGAGAAAGACAACUGAACAAAAAAUGCGUGAAAAUUUAUUGUUGGAAGAAUUAGUUUCAAUUGUUAACAAAAGAGAUGAGUUAGUGCAUCAUCUUGAUACUCAAGAAAGAGCUAUUGAGGAUGACGAUGAAAUAGAACGCGAUUUAUCAAGAGCAGGUUUAGCUCAGCGAAAUAAAAAUUGUGUCGUGCAAUGAACAUCUGAUUUAAUGUCGUCAUUAUAUUUUUUAAGUUCAAGGUAAACCAAUUGGUAAAGUAUAUGCGAUAUUUUUGAAAAAAAGAAAAGAAAAAAGAAUAAAACAAAACAAAACAAAAAUGAUAAUAAUAACAAAUAACUAGUUCAGCAGUAAUAUAAGAGCAAUAACGAAGUUAAACAUACCGUGUCUUGAAUCAUGCGAUGUAUGCAUUACAGGCACUAUUCAUUUUAUUGUGGAGUUGCCAAAGAAAAUAAAAAAUGUCCAGUGUGUAGAUCAUUCUUUCAUUCGAACAAUAAUAAUAAUAAUCUAUAAGUGUCCAUUUCUUUUAUUUUUUUAUAUAUUUCUUCCGGGGAUAAUGUCUGAUGUUUACAUAUGUAACACAUUUACAUGUUAUAAUAUGUUUUAUUUAAGUCUACUUCCUAUUGAAUAUAUUUGAACGGAAUAAUUAUUAAUUUAUAUUAAAUAUUCUAAUUUAAAUAUGAGAUACACAAAAAAAUAUAUAAAUCAAUGAUAGCUAUUAUAAUUAUUAUUAUGGAUUUAUAAAACGAUAAAUUUUUCCAAAGAACCAUCAUCCAUAAUGAAUAAUUUGAAUAACCAUUUUCUAAAUUUAUUAAAAUCGACGAAAGAAUGUUCGUAAUUACUUUUUAAUUAGAUUCAUCUCAAUAUAAAUAAUUUAUAAUAUAUGAAUAUAUAUAUAUAUAUAUAUAUAUAUAUAUAUAUAUAUAUAUCAUUGUUUAAUUCUCACUAUCCAAUUUAGUCAAAUUUUAUGAAGCAGAAGAGAUACAAUCUUAAUACUAGAAUAUACUAAUAUGUAAAAAGGUAAUUUAUCUUCUCUUUGAAUGUCAUAUAUGAGCGAUCUCUGAAAUCUCUAAAGAAAAAAAUUAAUAUACAAUCAAUUCAUAGUAAAACAGUAUUAAUCCAGAUAUAUUUACAGGAAAACACUAUCUGAUUGCAAUUUCUUAUAGCAAUUUUACCUUUGCUAAUUGAUAAGAUAUAAGGGAAAUAUUUUAAAGGAAAUAUCAUAUAUAUAUAUAUAUAUAUAUAUAUAUAUAUAUAUAUAUCGUUUAUAAUGAUGACAAUUGAACUCAUUAAUUAUUACAUACGUUCUACACUUGUGCCAUAUAUGGACAUUAUAGAUUUUUUAUAUGUAAAAAAAAAAAAAAGAAAAAAAGAAAAAAAUUAUGCACAUACAUGUUUGACCAUGCUGAUGCUUAAAAAAGAAAACAAAAUAUGUUACUUGCUAUUUAUGGUGUGUGCAAUUUUUAUAGUUAUAAUUUUAGCAUUAAUUCUGCAAGAAAUGUAAAGCUAAUUAAUUUCUUAAGUACAUACUUUUCAAUACUCUCAUUUUAUACAUGAAUAUUUAAGAUUGUGCAUAAUAUUACAUGAUAUUCAGUUAACUGUACUUUCACAAUAUUUAUUUUAUCAAAGCAUGUGCAUCUUUCGAUAAUUUCAUGUUAUAAAAUUUUGGCCUAAUGAUCCGUGCGUAUGUUCUUCAUUAACACAAAUAUAAUUGUUACUCUUUCUAAACUUGGAUAUAAAAUUUUGUUUUUAAAUUUUUUGUAAAUAUUGUAACGUCUGAUCGAUUAAUUGAAUUAAUUUAUUUUUUGCUUUAUAAAUAUUAGAUUUUAAUAUCAUUCAAUACGAAUCGAAAUCAUUUGAAGUUUAGUUUAACGGACCCAUUUGUUAUUAAGAUAUUUUUACAAUGCAGAUUAAAUUUGUUUUCUCUUAGUGUAAAAUAUUGCAUUUGUUUCCUUGUUUUUUUCUUUUUUUUAUCUUUCAUGCAUUAUAGUAAUACAAUCUUUAAUAAUUGUUUUGUGUGAUCUGUGGAAGUUGAAAAAAAUGUAAUAUUUGGCAUGUCUUUGAUAACUAACUAUGCAAUAAAGUAGGAUUACAAAUAUUUAAAGUUUAAACAUAAUGAAAAAUAAUCUGUGUAAAGCGAUCUCUUCUGUAUCCUUUAUGGUUUGAUUAGAAGAAACCAAAUCUUUGCUUGAUCUCAUUUCUUGGGUUCAAUAUUAACAUAUAUAUUAUUAUACAUUUUAAAUAAUGCUUAUGUAAAAAGUACAACCUAAUGGAUUUAUUUUUUAUAUUUAUAUCCUAUGUAACUUUUUCAAAGCAUGGUAGAUUAUGUUUGCUUUAUAUAUGUGUAUAUAUAUAUAUGUAUAUAUAUAUAUAUAUAUAUAUAUGUAUAUAUAUGUAUAUAUAUAUAAAAUCUAUAUGUAAAUAAUAAUCAUGCUAUAAUAUAUCCUAGGCAAGAUCUUCUCGAUAUCUUUAACGACUGAACAUAUACUAAUUUUUAACAGAAGACGUCGUUAGAAAGAUUUAACUGUUACGUAAAAAUGCAAUAACAAUUUAAUUUUUGAUGUUACACAUACAGACAAACAGACAUAAACACGAACAAAUACACACAAUGAUUAUUUAUAUUUAUAUAAUAAUUUUGUACUAUAUGUUCACGUUGCAAGGAUAAUGAAUGAGAAGAUAAAUUCAAUACCGAGCAAAAUAGUUAUGCAAAUAAUAAUUUAUUAUUCCAGUGCCUAAGAUCGUCUACACCUAUGUUCAUCAGUGUAAGAUCAUUAUAAUGUACUGAUUUAAUAAGAAUGAACAUGCGAAAGUAGUUGUAAAUUCAACAUGCAUAUAGGAAUAAUAUCUCUUUAAACUAUUACUUAUAUAUUAUGUUUUUCAUAUAUCAUGUAUAUAUAUAUAUAUAUAUAUAUAUAUAUAUAUAUAUAUAUAUAUAUAUGACUUCAUAUAUUUAUAUAUAUAUAUGAAGGUCUGAGUUAAUAUUGAUUUAUUUUCUUUUAUGUCAUUGUAAGUACGUUAGUUGUAAAAAGAAAUGAAACAUAAUUCUUGCCAAUGCUUUAAUAUAGUUUAUAAGUGCUAAAACAAUUUGCUGGUUGCGAUGUUAAUUGUGAAACAAUUUGUAUGAGUGAGCGAAAGCGCAACAUAAUGUCGUAUAUAUUUAUUAUUUGAAUAAAAUGUAAUAAAAAAACAUUUGGGAAA